AUGCCACAGACUCUUAUAUCAUAUGAGAUGACGGAUAACCGGUUAAGAUUACGGCGUCUGCUGCGAGAUAUUCGUACGCAAGCGCCGGAAAAUGCUAUACAUCAGCUCGAAUAUUUGUUGAAUAAUGACACGGGGUUAUGGCCCUUUGAAGAACUCAUCCGCUGUUACCAGACUGUUUGGAAGGCUUUGCCAGAAACCAUCCGGGAUGGUAAUGACUUAACUUGGAAUAUUACAAUAGACCGGGUUCAUCUCCGACUAAAGCACUUCGCACCGCAUAUGGAAGAUCUCUUACACUCCGACACUUCCCAGACUGCAUUAAUCGACACAGAUCAUAAUAAAGAGAUAUCCCAUGCUAUGGUUCAGGAAUUUGUGAAGAAUUUUGACCUGGGCUUGGAUUGCUCAACUAUGAGAAAACCUCGGGUGAUGGUUGUUUUGCCCAAUGGCCCUUCUUUAGCUCUUGCGGUCCUUGCGGUAGCAAACCGGUAUACCUUGGUACCAAUGGCAAGAUCAGUGACCACCGAACAACUGAAAUCGGACAUCCAAGCUGUCAGUGCCGAUGCUGUUUUGAUGCUUGAAGCGGAUGUCCAUAGGUUCCAGCUUGACUCAGAGAUUGUUACCUUUGUAGUUCACCCCCAGGACAACUUAACCUUCAAAGUUUCCCGUUGGAACCAUACCAAUUCUCCAAGCCAUGUGCGCACAAGUCCCAAUGGCCCAGAUGAUCUCGCCAUUAUUUUAUUUACCAGUGGCACAAGCGGUACCAAGAAACUAGUGCCAAUCAGUACAUUCAAUCUUAUGGUGAGCAUCAUAUUCACUAUGGACAGCCUGGGGCUGGAUUCUUCUUCUUCUUGUCUUAACAUGAUGCCGUUACACCACAUCGGCGGGAUGGUACGCAGCUUGUGGGCUCCAGUAUUUGCUAGAGGAAUCACGAUAUGCUGUCCCAGAUUUGACCCGAGUUUCUUCUGGGAUGCUGUAGAGCAAUGGCGCCCGACCUGGUACUACGCAACACCAACCAUGCACCAUAUGAUUUUGGCCGAGGCAGAGAAUUGUAAGGAUGCUGUCCGGGAAAGCUCCAUCAAGUUCAUCUGUAAUGCUGGGGGUGGCCUCCUUCCUACGCUCGCGGAACAACUUCAUUCCACAUUUAGGUGCGUUGUUUUACCUAGUUAUGGGAUGACGGAAUGCGCUCCCAUUGCAGCGCCGCCGUUGGACUAUAACCUCAAACGAGUUGGGACCUCCGGUCUCCCAGCUGGGCCCGACCUGGCGAUUCUGGACAUUGCGCAGCCCAUGAAACGCGUUCCUACCGGGGCAACGGGACGGAUCUGUGUGAGAGGUCUUCCUGUAUUUACUGGAUACCUAACUUCUCAGGGUGUCGACAGAAGCGCGUUUGAUGCAGCUGGCUGGUUCGACACAGGUGACCUUGGCCGCAUAGAUGAGGCAGGAUAUCUCUACAUCACUGGACGAAGCAAAGAAGUUAUUAACCGUGGCGGAGAAAUAAUUUCUCCUCUAGAGGUAGAAGAUGCUAUCAUGUCGGCAGCAAAGGAUUCGAAUUCAGCUAUUUUCGGCCGCGUUACAGAAACAAUGGCCUUUUCCACACCCCACGAUGUGUUGCAAGAAGUUGUAGGUGCUGUUAUUGUAACACCUGCGGAUUGCAAAAGACCGGAUCUCCGACAAAUACAUGAAACAUUGAAAGAUCGCCUUGAUCAACCUAAAUGGCCUACUGUCCUGGUUUACAUGGAUAAUAUCCCAAAAUCUAAUAACAAACUGCGCCGUAUACAACUAAGCCGCCGAUUGGGACUGGAGACACUUACAAACAAUACCUUACCAUCCGAAUGCCACUACGAAGCAAAGUGCCCUCCACCAGACACUCCCCUGAAUGUCUCAAUUGAUCAAACAAGAUGCACUAUAGACCCCAGAAUUCUUAAAGCUCAUAUCACAGAAAUCUCUGGAAUAUCAAGCAUUCUGAUACGGACCAACUCGAUCGAUGGUUACCUUCAGGCUAUUCUCUUCAAUUGUGCACUAGAUGAAGUACUUGUGGACAAUAUCUCUACCUGCCUCCGCACUCUCGUUAAUGGAUACUUAAUUCCAAGCAGUAUAAAGGUCGUUAAUGGGGCUCCACCAGUUGACUCUCGCGGAUCCAUUGACACAACUGCCGUGGAAGCUGCAAUUAAUACCCGGGACCAGUUUACCACCUCACCUACUGAACAGCGCGUCUGUAGCCUCUUUGCUAGCGCGCUUAGACUAGCGCCGGAAGAUGUGACCUCUUCCACGGACUUCUUCUUAGCCGGUGGAGAUAGUUUGACCGCUGGGCGGCUCGUCUCCCAGAUCCGUCAAGAGUUCCACAUUCGGCUUGCAAGUGACGUGCUUUUUCGACAAAGUACUGUCGCUAAAGUCAGUACUGUUGUCCAAGCGGCCAUGGAUCUGCCGAAAACCGAAUAUCUCAAACCAGAAGAUCUCCCAGGUUUGGAUGAGACUUACAGCUCCACGAAUCUAGCCAUUCUUCUACUCAACCUAAUACCCUUGGCUGUGUUUUCUCCAAUCUUACAGACGCUGCGUUGGUCUUUAUUUGUAUACAUUCUAAUUCAAACCUUCCGUUGGCAAAUACGGAACUCUGUGGUUGGGAGGCUUUCCCUCAUCCUUGUGGCUGGGCUGGCGUCUCGGUACGUGAUGCAAGUUUUCUCCCCCAUUCUUGGGAUUGCUUUCAAAUGGCUACUCAUCGGUCGGUAUCGCGCUGGAAUGUAUCCCAUGUGGGGGCCAUAUCAUACUCGGUGGUGGUUGACCCAGAAAGCACUCCAAGUGUGUGGAAAGGGAGUUUUCGGCCACUUUGGCUUCACUCGAAUCCUAUACUACCGUGCUCUCGGGGCUCGCAUCGGCCGCAAUGUUCGCAUUGAUACACACGCUUCUCUGGGAGAAUAUGACCUCAUUGAUAUUGGUGAUGAUGUUGUCCUCGAAGAUUGCUCAUGUCGUCCCUUUAGUGCAGAGAGAAAUACGACUAUGCUCCUCCAACCAAUUCGCAUUGGGGCGAACUGUACAGUUGGUCUCAAGACUGUCAUUGCCUCCGGCACUGAUCUUCCUCCGGGAACCUGUUUAGGGCCAAACUCCUCUAGCUGGGAAACGGAGGACGCGGCAGAGUCUAAUCGCGCCUUAGCCCCUGCACAAAUCCCACAGCCGCAUUGGAUCUGGUAUAUCCUGGUGGUGGGGCCUCUAUCGCUGCUAGUAGGAUUAGUCUCACGGUUGCCAGCAAUACUAGGCUUUCUCCCCGUGGUUAUGAGAUAUCGACACGCGGAACGUGAUAUGCUGCGCCAACAAAUACUUUGGUUCGUGAGCCCGUCACGGAUCGGGUAUUAUGUUUUGGUGAUUCUUUAUGGUGCUAUUCUGGGCCCGUUUGCCUGGUUUUUUGCCGUGUACGUCGUUAAACUCGGGUUAGAUCUAUCUUGCGGACCAUACAGUCAAUAUACUCAGAGCCAGAUGGUCCGAAGAGCCGUGUUGGAUUGCAUUCUCCCACAGGGGGAUAUCUCACAGUUGACUCGUAUAAUAGGAACUCACUAUGAGCUUGUCUCGAUCGCGGUGAGGAUGCUUGGCGCGCGUGUCGGCAAACGCGUUUACUGGCCAGGCACUGGAAUUGCGGUCCAGGAAUACGAUCUCUUGGAGAUUGGAAAUGACGUCGUAUUCGGGUCCCGAUCCACGUUUAUAACAUGUGAUGGGACUGGAAUGGGGCGUAUCAGUAUCGGUGAUGGAGCGUUUGUCGGAGACCAUGUGGUAGCGCUUCCAGGAGUCACAAUUGGGAAGCGUACAACAGUGGGAUCUGGAGCGCUGCUGCGUCGCAAUGGUUUAUACCCAGACAAUACAACCUGGACGGGAAGUAAGCACGGUGAUGCAAUACAGUUUCCCCAGAAUAAUUCUCCUCGAAAUCACGGUCAAGAGAGUUUGGAGAAGCCUAGUCUGAACCAUGACGGCGAUGACACGAUAUCACCGUUUGGCCGAGCAUUCUAUGAGGGACAGGCAAACUACUAUGUGCUAGGGAUCGUACCAAUUGUAGCAUAUUCAGUCCUUGCUACUGCCUUUGGUGCUGUGUACUCCGCGUCUGGUAUCCUAACCGGCUUACUAGUUGUUUCUCGGUUACUGCAUAUGGAUCGCACGACGUCUGGCCCACACUGGUGGUGGCCUUUCCUGUUCUAUGCUGCAUUCACUGCAGUUGUAGGAGUUGUCACUCUGAUACAAGCUGCCGCAGCCUUGGGAAUUAAAAUAGCAGCCAAGUGGACAAUUCUCGGGCGACGUCGGGAGGGAUACUACCCAUGGGACCGCAGCAGCUACUGCCAGCGCUGGCAAAUCUUACUGACUAUUGAGAGGAUUUUUACUGGUUCUGGACGGAUGAAUGCGAUGCCAUUGCUGACUGGGACGGCAUAUAUGGUGCAGUACUAUCGAGCAUUGGGUGCCACCAUCGGUGCAGAUUGUGCCUUGGCGGCCAGCGGCGAGGAUGUAUUGUUAACAGAGCCCGACCUUGUGACUCUAGGGAACAGAGUGGCUAUUGAUAAUGCCAGCUUGGUUGGCCAUCUAAACACACGAGGGGAGUUUGAACUGCACACACUACGUGUGGGAAAUCGCAGUGUUUUACGGACCAAGUCAAGGCUUCUGUCAGGAGCAUCAAUAGGUAAUGAUGCGUGCUUGCUAGAGCACACGUUAGUUCUGUCAGGAGACCAUAUCGACGAUGGAUGUACGGUUCAGGGCUGGCCCGCUGAGCCAUUUAUCGCAUCGCGAGUUGGACAUUCUUUGCAUGCUCCAUAA